GUGGAUAUGCAAAAAGUCUCAUUUUAUGUUCUUUCUUUUCUUGAACUUCUCAAAGAUUCAUCUGUUCUUCUGCUUUACCUUCCUGUCUUGUUCUUGGAUUUUGAAUAUUUGUACCCUCCACACAUAUAUUCUUCCUCCCCACCCUCCAUUUUUUUUAAUUAUAAAUUUGGUUUGUUUUUCAAUUAUAAACCAAACCCCAUCACGUGAAAAUUUGAUUAUUAACAAAUAAAAAGAAUAAAGUUGUUGUAAUGGUGAUCACAACAUAAUCUGUCAAUCACUUCACAGGUAAUAUUUGAACCCCCCCCCCCAUUAACAAAGGCUCUUUUGAGAGGAGAAAUGGUGAUCACUUCAACUACUAAUGAAUGGCCAAAGAAUCGUGUAGAUGAGAAACACAUGAUGAUGGCUUCAACAAGUAAGCUUAUGGAGAAACCAAGCCAACAAGCACAAGCCCUAAAGUGUCCUCGAUGUGAUUCAUCAAACACCAAGUUCUGCUACUACAACAACUACAGUUUAUCUCAGCCCAGACACUUUUGCAAGGCUUGUAAGCGUUAUUGGACUAAAGGAGGCACUUUAAGGAAUGUUCCAGUGGGCGGUGGUUGCCGGAAAAACAAGCGUCUCAAGAGGCCUGCUUCAGCCAUUGCUGGUGCAACUGCAAGUCCCAGUCCUAGGCCUCAAAUCGACGUUUCUUCACCCUCUACCCCCCCUAUCAACAUCAACCCUUUGUUUUAUGGGUUAGCAACUGAUACCAAUCUUCCAUUCCCUAAUUGUUUUGAUUCAAGAGUUUCUUCAGGUGUGGAAACAGUGACCAACUAUGAUCUGCAACCUCCUCAACUGAAUGCUUUUAGACCAGGGUUUUCUUCUGCUACUGCUAUUGUGUCUAGUGAUUAUGGAAAUGGUAAGCAAAUCCAGGACGUUAUCACUUCAAAUCCACUCCUUUCAACCUAUUCCAAUAUCUUCACCAUCGCUACACCAACCAUUGCUUCUUUGUUAGCUUCUACACUUCACCAACACAAGUUCAUUGAUGGUGGCCUUGAAAACACUCAGCCGCCUACCCAUUUCCAAGCCUUACCACCUUUUCGAGAUCUUCACAUGACUGACGAUAUUGGGGCAGCCAUCAAAGAUGUCAAAGUUGAAGAGCCUCAAAGAAGAAUGGAAUGGAAUGUAGUACAAGCUCAGCUAGAGCAAAUUGGUUCAUAUGAUCCUGUAACUGCCUGGCAUGAUUGACCAAACAUUGGGUCCUCAGUCACUUCUCUGAUCUAGCCAAAACUAAUACCUUCAUCUUAUUCUUCAAAUGAUCUCCCUUUUUCAUGUUGUAGCGAUUCCUAUACUCAUAUCAGGGGUGGGAAGUAGAAAACAAGCAACCAAAUAUGUGUAAUAAAUUGACUGUUGAAGCAUAUACAUGGAACCAAGAUUGGAUCCGAGCGAUCAUGUCAGCUGCAAGAAUAAUUCAGCCAAUAGUUCUAUUAUUAUAUCAAAGGUUGAGAAUCCCUGUACUGCGCUGAGAGGAACCUCGGAUCCUCUUCAUCCUCAUCUUUAGGUUCAUGUCCAGUAUUUGGCUUCUAUUUUAUAGUGUAUGUAUAUACGUUGCAUGACAUGUUCUUCCUUGUUUCCCCCUAAUGUAAUGCUACUUAUUAGUAUUAGGUUGGGUUUUUUUGGGUAUUUGUUGCAGUAUUUAGUAAAAGAUCUCAAAUGGACCAACUAAUUAAUUAUCUUUUUUUCUUUUUCAGUUUGUGGUUUUGGGUAGGUAUAAUCAAUGGUACGGAAACUGCAAUGUGUCCAUUUUAUUUACUGGAAUUGGUAUGUUGGCCAGUUUCUUGUUGUUGGUG